AUGGGAUCCUGUAACUCGAAACAAAGAUAUAGCAUAAGCUUCUCAAGAAGUAGUUCUAGAAAACUUACACAAAACACACUUGUCUACGAAAGACAAAACACAAAACACACAUCAAUUGUACCCCUAUCUAAUCCUGCAAAGCCUAAUAGAAGGCUUUUAUUAGAUUAUUACGCAAACGAGAGCUCAAAAAUGCCAAAUAAAAUUAAAAAAUAUUACGAAGCGAUUUUUGCAGAAGAAGAAUUGGAGGUUUUAGAGAUUGACCUUGAGCAUGUUUCUUUUGACUUGAAAUCAAUUUACAAUUUUAAGCUGAUUUUGAAUUUCUUUCAAAAUCUGAGAGUUUUAAAUUUGGGAUAUACAGACAUGACCUCAGCAGAUUUAAAACGAGUAUACAAAUCUAUCGAUAAUUUAGUCCUGCUGGAAACAUUGUCGUUGAAAAAUAACAAGAUUGAUCCUUCAGGAGGCGACUAUUUAUCAAAAAUUAUAAAGCACCUAUUUAAUUUGAAAAAUCUAUAUUUACACAAUAAUCAGCUUGGAUCUGAUGGGCUUCUAAAAUUUUGUGAAGGACUACAGAAUUUAAAUAAGCUUGAAAAGCUUACUUUGGAUAAUAAUAAUUUGGAAGAUAAUACUGUUUUGAGACUCCUAGAAGCUUUAACCAACAUGAAAAACCUCACCUGCCUAGGACUGAGUGAAAAUGAUAUAACGUCCAAAAUCGGAAAAGCACUUAUUGAGACUAUAGAUAACCUCCCGAAGCUUGCAAUUCUCCGUCUUCACAACACACAAUUACACCCAAAAUAUUUGAUGAUCAUCGAAAACAAAUUAAAAUACACAGUAAAUUAUUAA